UUGCAAAGUACAUCUGGAACCGUUUAUAACCUUCAUUGCUUCAUUUUUACAUAGAUUAGUGCAUAACUAUCGGGACAAUAACGCCCAAAUGUAUAAUCUGGGUUUUUAAAUUCCAGCACAGCUUUGCGCUUCCGUACGGUAGCGCAUUACCGCAUUAGUCGUUUAUCGGUGACCGAACUGAAGCACUGCUCACUGAGUGAAUCCACUCGUACUGCUUCUCUGUUGAGGAAAUGUUGUCUACAAAUUAUGUUACGUCAGUUUGUUCCAGGACAAAGGCGUCUUUUUGGAAACUUUUCUUGCCUAGUUUGAACCAAUUUGGCUUCAACUACUCCACUCAAACUGAUGACAUUCCAUUUCAUGCAAUGGUGGCAGGAUUUUACAGCAAAGCAUCGUCCCUUCUCGAAGACAAGCUGAUCAGUGACAUAAAAGCCAGAAUUCCUGAUCAUGAGAAGGUCAAAAUUGUGAAAGGAACUCUUGGCUUGCUGGAACCAUGUGCUCAUGUGUUUGAAGUUAAUUUUCCGUAUAAGCGAGAUAAUGGAAACUUUGAAAUGGUACGGGGUUUUCGAGCGCAACACAGUGUGCACCGUAGACCAACUAAGGGCGGUAUUCGUUACAGCCUGGAUGUAAACCGUGGUGAGGUGAUGGCUCUGGCAGCUAUUAUGACUUACAAAUGUGCCGUGGUCGAUGUGCCAUUUGGUGGUGCGAAAGCUGGUCUGUGUAUUGAUCCUCGAUCCUGUUCUGUCAGUGAGCUAGAAAGGAUUACUCGUCGCUUUGCUUUGGAAUUAAGUAAACACGGCUUCUUAGGACCUGGCACGGAUGUUCCGGCCCCCGAUAUGGGUACGGGUGAGCGAGAAAUGAGUUGGAUUGCGGAUACCUACGCUACUACUUUGGGCCAUUUCGACAUGAACUCCCACGCUUGUGUGACCGGAAAACCAAUUUCUUUAGGUGGUAUUCAUGGUCGCAUUUCGGCUACUGGUCGCGGUGUGUAUCAUGGAAUCGAGAACUUCCUGAGCAAUCCGAAGUAUGCCACUAUGGCUGGUCUCACUCCCGGCCUGAAGGAUAAAACGUUUAUCCUCCAGGGGUUCGGCAACGUUGGAUUGCACUCCAUGCGAUACAUGGCCCGUGCCGGCGCCAAAUGCAUCGGUGUGGCCGAGAUCGAUGGACAGAUUUACAAUCGGAAUGGUAUCGACCCGCGCGAACUGGAGGAUUGGAAAUUGGAACAUGGAACCAUUUGCGGGUUCCCCAAAGCAGAGGCAUACACGAAGGAUUCGUUACUUCACGAAGAAUGUGAUAUCCUACUUCCCUGCGCCAAUGAGAAGCAAAUUCACGGCGACAACGCUGAUAAAAUCAAGGCUAAAGUGAUUGGAGAGGGCGCUAAUGGACCUACCACUCCUGCUGCGGACAAUAUUUUGCGCCAAAAGGGCAAACUAGUCCUCCCUGACCUCUAUCUGAACGCUGGUGGUGUGACUGUGUCAUACUUUGAAUGGCUCAAAAAUCUCAACCACGUCAGCUACGGCCGUCUGACGUUCAAGUACGAACGGGACUCCAACUAUUAUCUACUCGGUAAGUUUCCGUCUAUCUCUCCGGCUACACUGGACUUUAUGCUUUGUUUUGUUUUGGGGCCGCCUCCUGUUUUUAUUGUGUUCUGAGACACCGCACUUGCUGUCGCUACCCCAUCCUUGAUCCCGCUAAAUCGUGUGUCUGCGUGGAGUCCAUCCAGGAGCAACGUCUACUGGCAGCAGUUCGUUCAUAUUCACGACAGAUAAACUUACCUGACGUGGUUCAAUUUUCCGUUUGUUAUCUUUUUACGUCUUGAGUAACCAAUUCAUCUUCUCUUCCUUUCACCGAAUGCACAACAACCCUAUAUUACGAUUCUCUUGAGCUUGCCGACUUAAAAAUCAGUGCACAUUGUUUCAUCCUCAAUAGUUUGCUCAUUCCGAGUUCACCACACUCAGGUCUCACCUCGACUCGCCGCAGGUAUCUCGCGUGCUUCUCCCAAGUGCAUACGUGUCAGCAACAGUAGGCGGCCAUUGGGGGGGGGGGCUGUGCCUCUAUUCAUGUACCUGUUCUAGAUCCAGACCCUUCGGGACUUAGAGUACGCCGAUGACAUCGCUGUGAUUUGCGAGUUCUCCCAAGCCCACCAGCAUGUACUGAUCAGACUGGAGAUGUCCGCCUCCCAAUUUGGCUUGACCUUUGCUCCUUCCAAGUGUAACGUCCUAUUACAGGACUGGCCAAGUGCAUGUCCUUCUCUUACCCUUUCGGGGCAUGCGCUGGAAGUGGUCGACAAAUUAAUUUAUCUUGGAAGUUGUCUUAGUGUUGCCGAUUUAACAGAUGUGAUCUCCCUGCGUGCCUCCAAGGCUAGAGUCGCUUUCGCUAACCUUCGUCACCUUUGGAUUCGUCUUGACCUCAGCCUCCCUCUCAAGGGACGAAUCUACAAUGCUACGGUACUAGAGAUUCUGCUGUAUGGCUGUGCGACUUAGCCCGUUCGCAAAAGCGAUGCUUAGCGGCUAUCUGUCUUCGAUCACCGCCGCGUGCAUAGCAUUGCUUAUAUUCGAUGACGGCAUUACAUCAGUAAUGAGGAAGUUCGUCGGCGAGUCUUCAGAUCUAACGAUCACCGACCGAUUGCUAGCAUCAUUUCAUUGCAGUCACUACGCUGGCUUCUGCAUGUGCUCCAGCAUGCCUACCCAUCGGCUACCAGGACGAGCCGUAUUUGCGAGCAAAGGCGUGGGGUGGAAGCGACGAAAAGGAGGGCAGUGUAAAACUUGGAUCCAAAACAUUAAAGGCGCAAAGGUUGAAGCUGGCUAUUGUUAGGCGUUCCUGACUCCAGGGUUGGGAACCAAAGGACCCCGUGCACAUCUGGUUGCAAACGCUAGUGGAUAUGGUCAAGGAACGUACGCAAUGGCGCACUUGCUGUGAGACACUUCCACCCCAACAGUUGUUUUCCCUUUUAAUCUAUUUUUCCUUUUAUGUGUUGUGGCACUCAGCCAAUUGUAUUGUAAUGAGUAAAGUCAUAUAUGUGCUUGGCGGCAUCCGGUUUCGGAUUUGCCUGUCACUGUGGCAAGCCACAGGACGCCUGCGCCUACAGAGGGACCAUGGAUGGCUUGCGCUGCACCACCCACAGCUCCAACCACACACCCCAUAUCCAGUGUAAACCCGAAGGAAUAAGCCCGGGAGGCAUGUGGAUGGGAACCACGUUUCAUCAACGGAGCCGGCCUACACUCCUUCACAAGCAAACACAAGCGCACUGUAUUUGGGAAUCAAGCGCACACAAGGCGGUGGCUGGACCGUAGUCCGCUCCACACUGACUGCAUGGAACCACUCUUUGAUCCUAACACGGCCACAAGGACCGUGCACCCCGUCCCCUCCAGCAACGACCAACUGUCUCCUGGAGCCCGUAUGGACGAGGUAGAGGGUAAUAGACAGGUAGGCACUUUGUCAACAUGCACAUCAAGCGCAUCCACACCGGGGAUAUCAAACAACAGCCAAACACUUG